GUUUAAUCAUAGUGUAAAUCAAGUUUAUUACAGGCUACCAGUACAACUAGCGAUUAACUGAUUGAUUGCCUGCAGUUAGUGGUUUGCAACUUGUAAGUGUUGAAAUUGUGUAUUUUACUAAUUUUAUUUUUAUGAUACCUUGAGCGUAACAUCGGUUUUGUAUAUUGCACUUUCUGUUUCAUUUUGAAGUUCAAUGAAGGUCAAGUUCUUAUUGGAUUUACAUUCUUUCAGAGUUCUCAGCCAAAGAAAUCGUGCAUUUCAUUCCGGUUAGUGAGACUUAAGUUAUGGUUGGAUGAUCGAAACCCAGCUAAGAAAAUAUUUUCUUUCCUCUCCUUUUUCUGCUCUCUCAUCUCUUUGGAAUUGCCCGUCGGUCGUCAGAUCUCGUAAUCGAUUGCUCAAUUGAUCUGUCUUGGCUUGUUGGUGAGAAAUCACGAGUUCAUGUCCUAUUCGGCGCGUAGUUGGAGGGCAGCAUGCAUGCAUGUGUGUGUGUGUGUGUGUGUGUGUGUGUGUGUGUGUGUGUGUGUGUGUGUGUGUGUAGGAGAGAAGCUCUGACGAUGGUGGCUAGGUAGGGUUAGGGCAGGGUAGAGGGUGGGUUAGGGCAGGAUAGUGUACGGACGCUCAAGUUGAUGUGGUCCAGCAAGCCUCUGUUCUGAAUUUAUGCAGUGUAGUUGUGUAAAGGAUGGGAUGCAAAAGAGGGGAGGAGGAGAAGAAAAAGAGAAGAAGAAGGAAGAGAAGAGGGAGAGGAGGCAAGGCAAACCAUACUCGGACUUAGAGCUGUGGUUUGGCCGUGUCAUCGACUGCUACUUUCAGCACGAAUGGGGCACAAUGGCGACAAUCAUCGGCGCUUCCAACUGCCAUCGCCGUCGCCAUCAAAAGAGUCAGAAAGACAAGGAGGACAACAACAGUGGAACAACCAUCGCUGCCUCUCUUCUUCUUACCCCUAAGGUUAUCUCUGCCGAGCAGGUUACGGAUAUGAUCCAGAAGGUACGAAUCAAGGGAAAUGCUCCCAUCACCGGCAGCGGGUUUACUGGCAACAUCCUCUGUAUUCUGGACGACGGCUUGGCUGCGAAGAUCGACCUGACUUCCUGGGAAGCACCACGUGUCUCACGGUGGAUCCAGCAGACCGGAUGAAUCGGUGACAAGGAGACGAGCCACACAUUUAACAUGGGGAUUGAGAUGGCGAUGGUCAUCAGUCCAUCAAAGGAGGAGGUAAUUUUGAGAUGGGGUUUGGACUAUUGGCAAGAUCUUGGCCCCAACUUGGUCUCAAUUGUCGAGGUCGUUCCUGGAAAUGGUGUUAUCCACAUGCCAUCUUGAUCGUCGUAAAUCAGCAAUUGAAAUGAAAUUCUCAAUUUCUC